AUGGAAUUAGAAAAAAACAUAUUCAAGCUUUAUCUCGUUAAUGACUUUUAAUCUUCGUGGUUGUAAAAAAAUAGAGUUUUAGUAUGGCUUAAAAUACUAAAAACCGAUUAAGUCAAAACCAAUUAUAUAGAAUUAAAAAAUAAAAUUGCUAUGAAUCAAAAACAUGAUAGUAUUGAAGAAACUAUUAAUUUAGAUGUUAAUAGAUCUUUGCACAUGCAUUCAGAUAAAAUUAACCCUAAUUAAUUAUAAAGCUUAUUAAGAGUUUUUGCUUAUUAUAAUGCUGACAUUUCAUAUUGUUAAGGAAUGAAUUACAUAGCUGGUUUUCUCUAUUUAAACAUUUUAGAUGAAGCAGAAACAUAUAAAGCAUUUGAAACUGUAAUGAACUCUUAUUUUUCUUUACUUUUGACUGAUAACUUUGAAUAUCUAAAAGUGGUUUUUUAUCAAAUAGAAAGAUUAUUGAGUAUUUUUUUACCUGAAUUAGAAUAACAUUUAAAAUAAUAAAACGUUUAUUCAAAUUAUUAUGCUACAGGAUGGCUUAUAACUAUUUUUAGUUGCGUUUUUUAAUACACUAAAAACUCAUUUUUAUUAUGUACGAUUUGGGAUUUCUUCCUUUGUGAGGGAUGGAAAGGAUUCUUUAAAUGUUUACUAUGGGUUCUUAAGUUUAUUUAACCAAAGUUAAUGAAAAUGGAUUUCGAUGAACUUUUGCAUUGUAUGUCUGAAUUAAUUAAAUCAGAUAUUUUUAUAUGUGACUUUUAAUCUAUGAUUUAAAAAGGUAUUUUUGCUAAUGCAGAAUAACUUAAAAAGGAAAUUAAUACAUUUAAAGUUACUAAUUCUUUAUUGAAAAAUUUGGAAAACGAAUACAAUUGCUAUAUUUUAAAUGUUAAGAAAAAAUUACAAAUUUAAUGA